AUGGAAACUAUUUCGACAACAACAUCAUCCACAACCAAUCAAAAUAAUGUAAAUAAAAAAAAAUUAAAAUUACAAAAGAAAAAAGACCAAAAGAAAAGACAAAAACAACAAAAAAAAGAACAAGAACAGGAACAUGAACAAAAAAAACAAAAUGGGAAUCAUAUAGCUGAUGCAAUUGAAAAUACAAAUAUAGAAAAUAUAGAAAAAGUUAGUGCAACUGAUGAUUUUGUUAUGGAUGAAAAUGAUCCUGCUUACGAAUUAUUUUCAAAAUUAGUUAAGCAUUUUGAUAAUCCAAAUGAGGAUGAAAAUGAUCAAGAAAAUGAUACAGAAAAAAAUGAAACCAACGAAGAAAACAAUGAGGAAAAUAAAGAGGAGGUUAAUGAAAAUUCAGAUAAUUCAGAUAAUUCAGAUAGCUCAGACAAUGAAAAAAACGAAAAGAAGGUUUCAAAUAAAGAAAGAAAAAGACAAAGAAAAUUACAUUUACCAAUUUUAAAACAAUUAGUAGACAGACCAGAUGUUGUUGAGCUACAUGAUGUAAAUUCACCCAAUCCAGGUUUUUUAAUAUCAUUAAAAUCAUAUAGAAAUUCAAUUCCAGUUCCAGCACAUUGGUGUCAAAAAAAGAAAUAUCUUCAAGGUAAAAGAGGUUUUGUUAAACCACCAUUUGAAUUACCAGCAUUCAUUGCAGCAACAGGUAUCACCAAAAUUAGAGAGGCAAUCUUAGAGAAAGAAAAAGAGGCAAAAUCCAAACAAAAGCAAAGAGAAAGAGUUCAACCAAAGCUUCGUAGAAUGGGUAUCGAUUAUGAAGUAUUGCGUGAUGCAUUCUUUGUUCACCAGACUAAACCAAAUUUAACACAGCAAGGCGAUUUGUAUUAUGAAGGUAAAGAAUUUGAAGUAAAUAUGAAAAAUAAAAAACCUGGUGUUCUUUCAGAUGAAUUAAAGCGUGCAUUGGGUAUGAUCGAAGGAUAUCCCCCACCAUGGUUAAUUUAUAUGCAAACCUAUGGCCCACCUCCAUCCUAUCCAAACCUAAAGAUUCCAGGUGUCAAUGCACCAAUUCCCGAGGGUGCUCAAUAUGGUUUUCAUCCAGGCGGCUGGGGUCGUCCAGUUUUAAAUGAAUUUGGUAAACCUCUUUACGAAUCUAAAGAUUCAUCUCAUAGUGAAAUACCCAUCACCAGAGAAUAUUGGGGAGAGUUAUUACCAGAGCCUGAGGAUACUUACGAAGAAGAGCAACAAGAGGAAGAUGAGCAACAAGGCGAUGAACAAGGCACUCAAGAAGAAGAACAAUAUACCCAAGAUUAUGAAGAUUCUAAUAGUGGCAUCUCAAGUGUACCAAAUGGUUUAGAAACUCCCGAUGUUGUUAAUAUAAAGAAAUCUAGAUAUGAACAACCAGCAUCAGGUCAACCAAAAGAAUUAUAUCAAGUUAUUGAACAACAAAAUAGAUCGAUGGGUGGUGGUUUAAUGGAAUCUUCACAUCGUUAUGCUAUACCAAGUGUUAUUAAAACUGGUGCCUCUGGCAGUGGUUCAAAUAGAGUCGAUAUUAUUAAAAGUCAAAGAUCAGCUCCUGUUGAAGUUACUUUUAAUCCUUCUGAAAUCGAAAAUGGUAAUGAAAUUGACGAAGAACUUUUGAAAAAGAAAUAUGAACAGGCUACCCAAUCCCAAAAUAAAAAUAGACCAAAAGAAGAUAUUAGCGAUAUCAUCGAGGAACAAAAUAAAAAAAGAAAAAAUCAACAAAAAGAUGAAAAACAAAAGAAAUUUAAAUUUUAA